AUUUUGUUGAUCUUUUCCAUCUCUAUUUCAUUUAUCUCUGCUCUUUAUUAUUUCCUUCUUCUACCUUUGGGUGUAGUUGCUUUUCUGUUUCCUGUUCCUUAAGGUAUAAAGUUAGGUUUUUGGUUUGAGAUCUUUUUUAAUAUGGGUGUUGUGACAUAAUAAGAAAUAUGUUUAUAUUUUGUCUUUGUUUCCAGGUCCUGGCACACAGCUCCUAAAACUCUUGGAAUCUCUGGAGUGAUGAGAGUGUCUUUUUCAGAGAACAUACUUCGUAUGUUGUCAUUCCUCCAAAAUCCACUGAGGCUUGUUUUAUGUCCCAGCAAACGGUCUGUUCUGGAGAAUGCACAUGAGAAUGAUUUGCACCUUUGAGAUAACAUGUGAUUGCCCAACUGGAGGGCGAAGAAGAGCCCUGGGUGCCCAGCAUAAUGGACAUGACUCUGGUCAGCAGAGCAGAAGCCAAGAGAGGUCCCAGUUUGGGCAGUAUGGUGGAGGCCCCGACGCUCACCCUGCACUGCUCCUGUCUUUGUGUCCUCAUCCCUGUGGAGGUGUUCCGUGUCCUGUGAUCUGGCGGACCCUAUUGUGCUGGGCCACUCUUUCCUCCCAGACCUUUCCCAGAUACCUCCUGCAGGGGAUCCAUGCUGUACAGAAGCCCCUCAAGUGUGGCAUCUGUGGGAAGGCCUUCCUGAAGGCCCUCAUGCUCCUUAGCCACCUGCUGACUGACUCCACAGGGAUACCCUUCGGCUGCCCAGCAGGUGGGAACACCCCCACGGAGAAUGCAACCCUUGUUCAUCACCGAAAAGUUCACAUUGGAGACGUACCACACGUGUGCAAGGCCUGCGUGAAGGCCUUCAGCCAUCCAUCUAAGCUGAGGACGCACCAGGAGGUUCACACAGGCAUAAAACCCUUCAAACGUGCUGUGUGGGAAGGCCUUCACCUGCAAAGAUGCACUUGUCCUGCACCAGAGAGUCCACACUGGAGAGUGGCCAUACCCCUGCGGCCAGUGUGGGAAAUCCUUCAGGGUGCUGUCCACCCUCAUUUGGAAGGUCCACACUGGGAGAGGCCGUACAUGUACAGGAAUGUGGGAAGUUCUUUAAAUACAACCACAGCUGCAGGCUGUACACCUACAGCCAGUGUGGGAAGGCACACGUGA